CUCCUCCGCCUCCCGCCCGCGCUGCCGCCGCCCCUCCCCCUGCCGGCUGCCCUGCGAGCGGGCGGAGGAGGAGGAGGAGGAGGAGGAGGAGGAGGAGGAAGGGCCGUGAGGGGGGGACUCGCACGGAGCCGGCGGCAGCUCGGGCGGCCCCUCGGCUACCCCCAGCGGCCGGGGGGAAGAUGGCGACGCUGGGAGGCGAGCCGCAGCCCUUCCCCGCCGCUGCCUUGGCGGCAGCGGGGGGCGGCGGUGGCGGUGGUGCCGGGGGGGUGUCGCUGGCCCUGCAGGCGCCGCUGAGCCGCGGCCUGGAGCGGGCGCUGGAGGAGGCUGCGCACCGCGGGGGGCUAAGCCUGAGCGGCAGGAAGCUGAAGGAGUUCCCCCGCAGCGCUGCCGCGCUCAGCCACGACCUCAGCGACACGGUGCGGGCAGAUCUAUCCAAGAAUAGAUUAACGGAGGUUCCUACAGAGUUGUGCCAUUUUGUGUCACUGGAAACACUAAAUCUAUACCACAAUUGUAUUAAAGUUAUACCAGAUGCAAUAGUGAACUUACAAAUGCUAACUUACUUAAAUUUGAGUCGAAAUCAGCUUUCUUCUCUGCCAGCUUGCCUGUGUGGUCUUCCUCUAAAAGUCUUAAUUGCAAGUAACAAUAAGCUAGGUUCCCUUCCAGAAGAGAUAGGUCAGCUAAAACAGUUAAUGGAACUGGACGUCAGCUGUAAUGAAAUCACAGCUUUGCCACAACAGAUAGGCCAGCUGAAAUCUUUAAAAGAACUGAAUGUCAGAAGAAAUUACCUCGAAGUUUUACCACCAGAACUAGUGCAGCUUCCCUUGGUAAAGUUCGACUUUUCUUGCAAUAAAGUGCUUGUGAUUCCCAUCUGUUUUAGAAAGAUGGUGCAGUUACAAGUAUUACUGCUUGACAACAAUCCUUUGCAGUCUCCACCAGCACAAAUUUGUACAAAGGGUAAGGUGCAUAUAUUCAAAUAUCUGACUGUACAGGCCUGCCAGAUUAAAACAGCAGACUCUCUGUAUCUUAAUGCCAUAGAACAGCCGCAUUUGCCACAACCUGUGGAAGAGAGCAUUGAUGACAUCUACCCAAAUAAAAAGGACUCGGAUUCAGGUGUUGGUAGUGAUAAUGGCGAUAAACGUUUGUCAGCAACAGAGCCGUCUGAUGAAGAUACUAUCAGCUUUAAUGUUCCAAUGUCUGACAUUGUAGAAGAAGAUCAGGUUGUAAAGGAAGAUUUGGGUCACCACGCUAACUCAAGAAAAGUGGAAUUCCCUCAGGGAUCUCACUUGAUUGUCAACGAUAAGUCAAGAGAAACAGGAAACCAGUUUGAUGAAUCGGAUGCUCUUACUACUGAAUUUAUGAGUUACAUUAAGAGCAGAGCAGCGGAGUGUGAUGAACUAUUGAGAAUAGAAGAGGAUGCACAAUGGCAAACAGAGGAAAUAAUAAAUUUAUCAGAAGAACAAACUAUUGAUAUAGCAAUGAUAGAACAACUAAGAGAAGCAGUAGAUUUAUUACAAGAUCCCAACAGAUUAAGCAUGGAUAUUUCAGAGAGCAGUGAUGCGAAUCUGUAUCCCAUGGAACCAGCAACAGCUUUAGAAUUUCAGGAGUCUACAGUAAACGGUCAAAUGCAGAUGGAGAUGUCUUCCCUUGGUCAGAAAGAAAAUGCUGAAGAGGAAUUAGAAUUUCAGAGGAGGAGGGAAUUAAUAAUGGAGAAAGCCAAGAGUGAAGUGAGAACAUGUGAACAGGGUGAAAAAUGGUCAUUGAGUCAGAAUGAUCUAAUUGUUUGGAAUACAAGUGGCCAAACCUCUCACAAUGAGAACAAGGAUAAAAGUCCAACACUGUCUCCCACUGCAAACAACACAAUCCCUUUUGGCCUGAAGCCGCGAUCAGUGUUCUUAAGACCACAAAGAAAUUUGGAAUCAAUAGACCCACAAUUUACAAUCCGAAGGAAAAUGGAGCAGAUGAGAGAAGAGAGAGAGCUUGUGGAACAGCUGCGUGAGAACAUUGAAACAAGACUAAAGAUUUGUUUGCCUGAAGACUUGGGGUCUGCUCUGAUGGAUGGUGUAGUUCUCUGCCAUUUAGUAAAUCACGUUCGACCUCGUUCAGUAGCAAGUAUUCAUGUACCUUCACCAGCAGUACCUAAACUUAGCAUGGCCAAAUGCAGGAGAAAUGUUGAAAACUUUCUGGAUGCAUGUAGAAAACUGGGGAUACCAGAGGAGAAGCUCUGCCUACCACAUCACAUCCUAGAAGAAAAGGGCUUGGUAAAAGUGAGCAUAACAGUUCAAGCAUUGCUAGAUGUAACCACAGUGAAACAAGCUUUAUUCACAUGAAACUGUCCCUGCUGUUACCAGCUCCACUGUGCCAUCAAAGAACGAAAUCACUGCCCAUCUUUUCAAACUGCAUUGAGAAAACAGUGCUCCAAGAGUAUUCUUAUACUUCUGAUUUUGAAAUAAUCUUUGAGACUGUACACAUGCGUCGAACUUCAAACCUGAAACUAAACAGAAACAUUUUAUAGAGCAAAUUGGCACUUCACUGCUUUUAUAGUUCACUUUGUACAGUACUUAAACAGCCACCUCUCUGCCACUUAUAAAUGUGUGGAGUACACAGCUGUCUUGCAGCAAGAUACCUUCAUAUUAUUAAACUAAGAAUCAGUGUAAUCAUUUCUGGGGGGAGGGAGAGUAAAUCAGACUUCUGCCAUGUUAGGUUUUUCUGCAGUUGCUUCAGGCUAUUGCCUUUUAAAAAAAAAUCCAGACAUAAAAUAUUUAUAUAAAUAUUAUUUAUUAGUGAGUUGUUAUUCAUCCUUUGGAUGCAAAAUGUAAAUUAGGAAACUGUAUUUUAUUACUGCUUUUUUGUGGUUAAACACUUUAUUUUAAUAUAAAUAUUUAGUUAUUUUUUAUUCAACUUGGUGUGCAGUAGCUCUAGAUCUCCAUAAAUUGUAUUUUCUAAUAUGUAAGAUAAAAAUCAAUCAAAAUAGGUGCUUUUAUUAAAAGAACAGCUAGCUGGAAUGGCAUUCUUUAUUUUUCAAUUAGUGGAACAUUGGUAAAAGUUUGUCUGCAUUCCGUUCAGUUUCCUACAUUCCAGUAGCACUUCUCCCCCAGUAGGCUCAAUUGGCUGAAACCGAGAGCACACCCAUUUUACUUGUAUAUAGAUGUUAAAAAAAAAAAAAAAAAAAAGGAAAGACAUAAACUUGAAAAAGAAAUGUGAACAAAUAUUUUUGAUCGCUUAUUUUACUAUGCACGAGACAUUUAACUUUUGCCACAACAAAAUGAUGUGCAUUAGGAUCAUGUGUCUUGAAAUAAGAUUUUUGCACUGUAACUUGACUUCUUGUAAAGACUACAGCACUACAGAACGAAUAUCGAGAAAUAGCACAAGAACGUUAACAAGGUUUACCAGGUAGCUCAAAAAAAAAAACAAAAACAACCAACCUUCAAUAAAUCUAUUGAUAGGAGAUAAAAUUGCCAAAGGCAGUCUUAAAGAGCUGAUCUUCCAGAUGCAGGCUGCUGGGUACAGUGCUUCUCCGUGUGGUCAUCAUAAUCGCUGAGUCCCGUAGCUUCCCAGUGAGUUAAGCACAAUGUUCUGUAGUGAAUGUUUGCAGGAUCUGACCUCUAAGCCCACAUCAGCAAUAGGAAAUAAGGUUCUUUUUCUUACUUACUACUUAAAAUUUUGGAAGAGUUUUCUUAAAAGCGUAACUUAUUGUUGAAACAUUACAUGUUGUAGAUCUAAAAGUUCCAGCGCAGUGAUUAUCACAGCAUCUGGAGCAUCCAUUUUUCUUUGGUCUGAAAAGCUAAAAGAUGUAACUUGAGCAAGCAGGACAGGAAAGCUGCACGUGAUGUAAAGGCUAGCUGGUAGGGGGUCACUGUUGCAUAUAAGCAAGUAGUUUGAAAGGCAUUAAUGACAAUAAUGAGGCAAUGUGGUGGGAGAAUUAAAUAGCAAGAGAAUGUGGAGCAAACCAUUGUAUCAAGACUUUCUGGAAGAAAGAGCGAUGUGUACUUGUCACUACUGCAUAUCUAGGCAAAGUUACACGCAUGUUCACACUGCAUUUAAAAACACCGGUAUUCCCAUAGCAGAUUUUUAGUCUUUAAUACAGUAUUUCAAUGCAGACUAUGCAUUUUAACACCACAAAUUGCCAAUUCCUGGUCUGUAUUGAGAGCAACGCGCUAGGAGGAGAAAAGUGGACUUGCAGACAGUGAGACACGGAAUAGCCAGUCACUUCAACCAAAGCAAAGCGUUUCUUUUUGUAGAGGGAACAUUGACUUAAAUUAUAAUUUUGAUUGGCAGCUAGCAUAUUGUUUCCUAUAAAAAUGUACUGUGCACUUUAACACUAAAUUAAAAAUGUAUUUUAAUAUUUUACAGAGCUGCACAAAUAUCUGUUUUGUCAAAAAGCAUGAGCGAUGUAAAGAAAGUAAGUUUUCAAGUUAGAGUUUAUCAAAUUUUACAAAGCAUUCAAAGAUGGAGUAUAAAAAUAGGAUUAUUAAUUUCUGCAUCUUGAGGGAUAAAAUGCAGGUUUCCUGAGUAUUUUUUUACAAUGUAUAUAUUGCAACAUGAAGCUUUGUAAUUAUUAUUUUGACAAAUCUUGGUUUUUCAUAAUUAAAAUUUUGUUUUUUCUCCUGAUAGUGUCUUUCGGUAUUUGCUUAAAGUUCGCUGUAAAUAGCUCUGAAUAUUUUGUAAUACAGCUUUUUUUAUGCAGUCUUAACCUGUGCGGCUAAAGAGAGAAUCUUCAUGAAUCUUUGUACACUAUUUACAUGUGCAAUAAAACAUGCAUGGCAAAUCUAUAAUACCAUAAGCAGUGAACAUAAUGUAUAUAGGAAAUCUUUACUGUAGUUACAAUUAAACU